UACAUACUUUAUUAAUUAAAGCAGGCACCUGCUAACCAAAAUUCCAGUAAAAUUAAGACUAGGGAAAUCAUAAUGCCAGAAACGUAUGACAAGAAUCCUUGUCCCACUUCACAUUCUAACUCGAGGAAUAACAACAAUAAUUCACAAUUAACAAUCACUAAUCGAGUGCUUUUGUGUGGCCAGCGACAGGCUACGGAUUUUACUACAACCCAGGAAUUAAAACUUAGAGCUGGGGAUGUGCGAAUGGCCCGUAUGCAGAUCAGUCUCACCAAGCUGCGCAACGCUAUGGAUCAGUCCAAUAAGCUUAUCGAGCAGCUCUGCCAAGAAAUUCAGAUGGAAAUGAAUUCUUCCAAGAAAUAAUUAGUUGCAUAACAUUCCUUAGUGAUUGUAUCUGUAAUAGUAAUUCUUUGUAUUUGAUCGAUACAAUUAUUUAGAUUAUACAGUAAAAAUAAAUAUAGCAAUAGAUUAAUGGAAAA